AUGCACUUUUCGACGAUCCUUCAUCCCCUACUGGUGUUGCUGGUAGAUGCCAACGAACAUGUUCAACCUGUCCAAAGGGUCGUGGUACAUAAUCGACAGGCCGCCGGAUCCGCAGUGGAUCAAUCAGCAAUACUCGCUUCCAUCUACGCAGCCGCUACGGCAAGUGGGAGUGGUCUAGUCACCGCAUCUACUUUCUCAGCCACUAUGGUCCCUAUGUCCGAAGCGAACGUAGGGACUGAUGCUGGAGCAGACUUGACCGCCAAUACAGGAUCAAGUACGACAUCUUCCACAGCUCCGAUAUUGGGUAUUUCCGCACCGGCGGAUAAUGGGUUAGGAAGUACUUCUUCGGUUUCAGCUACAGGGUCUGCUAGUGGGUCUGCUAGCGGGAGCAGUUCAAGUGCAUCUUCUUUAGGUAUAUCAUCAGGUAGUAUGUGGAGUAUGGCCAUAGGAACAGUGGGCAUCAUUGUCGGAGCUGGUCGCGUGCUUUUCUAA